AUGGCGAGUGUGCAGGUGCCCCCUGCGGUGCAGCACCCGGGCUCGGCCAUCCCGGCCGGCAUGACCCAGCAGCAGGCGCAGGAAAUUUAUCUGCAGAUGAAAAAGCAAGGCAUUCCCAGCACCGAUCCCGAGUUCGUUAAGACCCAGACGAUCCUUGCCGCCCUCCAACGUCAGAGCGAAUUGCGAAAGCAGCAGAUGCAGAUGCAACAGCAACAACAACAACAGCAACAGCAGCACGCUAACGCUAAUGGUGUUGCCAACGGAGCCCAGCCUGCUCGCACCACCCAGCCGACCAGCAUCCAGACCACAAUGCCUCCCUCCACAACCUCACUUGGGGCGUCUGCUCUACCAGCAACCCCGGGCGCCCCGACGGCCAACGCGGCCGGCACGCCGGCGCAAAAUCAGUCCAGCCAUUUCUCUCCGGCCCAGCUCAACUUGCUGUGGACACAGAUCAAGGCUUUCAGGAUGCUUGGUAAGAAUGCGGGCGUACCAGCCCAGAUGCAGAAGGCCAUUUUUGAGCACAGACAACGGCGUCGCAUGUCCUCGGCAAAACAAACCCCACAAUCUCCUUCCACAGUCGACAACACCGCCAUAUCAGAACAGGACAGCGCAAAGCCUGGCACCAACGGAGCAGAUGCCCAAGGCGAAGCCGCAUCGGUUCCGCAGCCCAAGUCGUUCAAGACAAUAAAAUCCCCAUACGACGGUGGGCUCGUGCGCCAGUCUAUCUCGUACAUGGACCACGGACGCCGGAAGAACCGCCUGAUUAUCCCCGGCAUCUUCCCGACGGGCAUUGACUUUGAGCAGCUGAGGGCCGAUCGCGAGAAGAUCGUCUUCAACCGUAUGAGCGCGAGGUACUCGGAACUGAAGUCGCUCCCGGGCAACCUGGCACACUGGGAUGCUUCUCAAGAUCACCUUGUGGCUGAUGACACAGCGAAGCGGAAAGCCAUCAUUGAGAUGAAGAAGCUGGCUCUGUACUCCAAACAGCGCGCUUUGAGAGACAGAGUCGGAAAGCAGAUGAUGCACUACGACAACUUAGCUAUGACGACGAACAGGGCUGCGUACCGUCGCAUGAAGAAGCAGAAUGUCAGGGAAGCUCGCGUCACCGAAAAGCUUGAGAAGCAGCAACGUGAUGCCCGUGAGAACCGCGAGCGCAAGAAGCACGUCGACUUCCUGCAAGCCGUAUACAAUCACCGUAACGAGGUGCUCAGCGCGGGGCAGGCACAGCGCGGGAAAACGCAGAGGCUCAGUCGCCACAUGUACUCUCACCAUUUCAACAUCGAGAAAGAAGAGCAAAAGAGGAUCGAGAGGACGGCCAAGCAACGUCUGCAGGCGCUCAAAGCCAACGAUGAAGAGGCAUACCUCAAACUGCUCGACCAGGCCAAGGAUACCCGUAUUACUCAUUUGCUCCGGCAGACCGACGGCUUCUUGCACCAGCUUGCCUCCUCCGUCCGUGCCCAGCAACGACAGGCCGCCGAACGCUAUGGCGACGACGCCGAGCUGCCCGAGGAGAGCGAGCCUGAGGAAGAGGAUGCGGAAAGCAGCCGCAAGAUUGACUACUAUGCUGUUGCCCACCGCAUCAAGGAAGACGUCACUGAACAAGCCAGUAUCCUGGUCGGCGGUACGCUCAAGGAAUACCAGAUCAAGGGCUUGCAGUGGAUGUUGUCGUUGUACAACAAUAACCUGAACGGUAUUCUCGCUGACGAGAUGGGUCUCGGCAAGACGAUUCAGACCAUCAGUCUGAUUACAUAUCUGAUUGAGAGGAAGCAUCAACAUGGCCCGUACCUGGUUAUCGUUCCCCUCAGUACGCUAACCAACUGGAAUCUGGAGUUCGACAAGUGGGCGCCGUCGGUUACCAAGGUGGUUUACAAGGGUCCUCCGAACGCCAGAAAGCUCCAGCAAGAGAAGAUCCGCCAGGGUAGGUUCCAGGUCUUGCUUACGACGUACGAGUACAUCAUCAAGGACCGUCCGCUGCUGAGCAAGAUCAAGUGGUUCCACAUGAUCAUCGACGAAGGUCACCGCAUGAAGAACGCAAACUCGAAGCUGAGCGCCACCAUUCAACAGUACUACAGCACCCGGUUCCGCUUGAUUCUCACCGGUACCCCGCUGCAGAACAACCUUGCCGAACUGUGGGCCAUGCUUAACUUCGUCCUCCCCAAUAUCUUCAAGUCCGUCAAGACGUUCGAUGAGUGGUUCAACACUCCGUUCGCAAACACCGGUGGCCAAGACAAAGAUGGAGCUCACAGAAGAAGAGCAGAUUCUCGUCAUCCGUCGCUUGCAUAA